AUGCUUCUCAAACACUUCCUCCUAAAUGCACUUCUUACCCUAACCUCAGUCACCGCCAUCCCCAACCCUGAGGCCGUGAAUUCAGGUCUCAAGGCUAAGGCUGAUGAUGUUGGUCCCUCGGGUCACUUCAUCACCCGCCGCUAUUGUGGCAGCGAGGCCUCCUUGAUGCACGGCAAGUGUAUCUGCAAGAAGAAAGGCCAGGAGUUCAACCCAGUCACCAAAAGAUGCAAAUGUCCUGUCGGCCAGAAGUGGGAUCGAGAGGCGGAGAAAUGCAAGUGUCCUGUCGGCCAGAAGUGGGAUCGAGAGGACGAGAAAUGCAAGUGUCCUGUCGGCCAGAAGUGGGAUCGAGAGGACGAGAAAUGCAAGUGUCCUGUCGGCCAGAAGUGGGAUCGAGAGGACGAGAAAUGCAAGUGUCCUGUCGGCCAGAAGUGGGGUCGAGAGGACGAGAAAUGCAAGUGUCCUGUCGGCCAGAAGUGGGAUCGAGAGGACGAGAAAUGCAAGUGUCCUGUCGGCCAGAAGUGGGAUCGAGAGGACGAGAAAUGCAAGUGUCCUGUCGGCCAGAAGUGGGAUCGAGAGGACGAGAAAUGCAAGUGUCCUGUCGGCCAGAAGUGGGGUCGAGAGGACGAGAAAUGCAAGUGUCCUGUCGGCCAGAAGUGGGAUCGAGAGGACGAGAAAUGCAAGUGUCCUGUCGGCCAG